GCCCAAAUUUGAAAACAAGCCCAACGGUAAGAACCACUUGAUAAAAGCAUAGCAAUUGGACAACUUAGAUUUCCCUCAACCGCUCUGGAGACAGUUUAUUCAAGAACUAACAAUAGCAAGAAAGUGUAGGAAACCCUAAUUCUCACAAAAUCAUCCUCUUUCAGGUUGAUGAAAAACAUUUGACUGCUACUCUCUUCCAAUAUAAUAUUGCCAACUACGUUGCUUAUUGUUUUGGUUAAUGUUGGAAGCUUUACUUCCCAACAGUCUCACAUAAAAAGAAAGUUUCAAAAACAAUUGGUCAACCUUCAAAACUGCUAAACCUUAUCUUGUUGCAGAAGACGAGACCAAUUCGCAUGAGCACACCUUCAAAACAGAUUUGAUUUGAAGAAAAGAGGAAAUGAUUCAGCUUCAGUUUUGCUGCUAAAUGAUCUUAUCCAGUUAAAAAAUUGUUGAAUAAUUUUUUAUUCAAAUCUAUGUUAAUUUUAUAGAAUAAGAAGUAUACAUUGAUGUAAGGUGAAUUGGACAUUUGCCCUCUUCUUGGUAUUGUUUUGAAAAGAUUCAAAAGAGGCCUGAAUAUGGAUUUAGAAUCGGGUAGCACUGAAAUUAGGACUUCUGAAACUGAUAAAAAUGGUGGCAAUAACCCUGAUCUUGAUGGAGAGGAAAAUGUAAGCCGAAGAAACAUUAUAGAGUGUGAGACCCGAUUUCAUGCUUCUCGACUGCCAUCUGCAGAAUUUAUCAAGAAACUUGGAGCAGAAAUGAUAGGAACAUUCUUCUUGAUAUUUUCUGGAUGUGGGUCUGUUCUUGUGGACAAGAAGACUGAUGGCUCCAUAACUCAUCUUGGGGUGUCAAUUGUUUGGGGCCUAACAGUGAUGCUAUUGAUCUAUUCUGUUGGUCAUAUCUCUGGGGCCCAUUUCAACCCUUCAGUUACAGUGGCCUUUGCAACUGUCAAUAGAUUUCCAGUGAAGGAGAUUCCUGGGUACAUAGUAGCUCAACUUGUUGGGUCAAUCUCUGCUGGAUUUGUUCUGAGAUUGAUGUUUGGAGAUAUAUCACACAUAGCAGCAACUGUGCCUUCUGGAUCAAAUAUGCAGUCCUUUGUUUUAGAGUUUCUCAUCACAUUUCUCUUGAUGUUUGUGGUCUGUGGAGUGGGCACUGAUACUAAAGCGGUAGGAGAAUUGGGGGGGUUAACUAUUGGAGCAACAGUUGCAAUGGUUGUCAUUGUUGCCGGUCCAAUAUCUGGAGCAUCAUUGAAUCCUGCAAGGACUUUAGGCUCUGCAAUUGCAGGCAACAAAUACACAGGCAUAUGGAUUUACAUGGUGGCCCCAGUACUUGGUGCAAUAGCAGGCACAUGGACAUAUAAUCUAAUACGUUUAACUGAUGUACCCCAACAACAGAAGCUGGUUUCUGGGUAACGAUGCACGGUUUGGAAUCAGUUAUGCGCACAAAGGUCAAAAAGUACACAUUUCACAAUGUCGCCUGAUACCUAACUAAAGAUGAUACACAUUUCACAAUGUCGCCUGAUACCUAACUAAAGAUGUUCGAGUAACCGUCAACUCAAAAUCGCUAGUACUUGUUGACAAAUGUCCCAAUAGUGGUGCACAAAUGUUCCAAUAGUGGUACACAAAUGGGACAAAUGUUCUAAUAGUUGUGCACAAAUAGGCCAAUUAAUUACAAAAAAUGAUCUGCUAUUGGUACAAAACAAAUUUAUUAAUGGUGUUUUCACUAUGAUGGUUAUUGGGGGGUCAACAUGACA